AUGCUGUUUUGGUUAAAAGAAGAAAUGGCCCCUCAGGAGUUCACACGGCGACUGGCCACAGUGAUCACUCAUGUCGAUGAAAUUAUGCAGCAGGAAAUCAGGCCCUUGGUGGCAGUGGAUAUAAUUGAACAACUUCACAGACAAUUUGCCAUUCUUUCAGGAGGCCGAGGGAAAGAUGGUGCCCCCAUCAUCACUUUUCCAGAGUUUGUGGGGUUCAAGCACAUCCCAGAUGAAGACUUCCUGAAUGUCAUGACCUACCUAACUAGUGUCCCCAGUGUGGAGGCUGCCAGCAUCGGGUUCGUCAUUGUUAUUGACAGACGAAGGGACAAGUGGAGCUCCAUAAAAGCAUCCUUGACACGAAUAGCUCAAGUGUAUGCAUCCUUUCCCUGUAGGGACCUCAGACCAAGGACUCAGCCACAUGAACUCAGCCACAGACAGUUGACAGUGCCCAUGACUCUUCAAAAGGUAGCAUUUCCAGGAAACUUGCAGCUCAUAUUCAUUCUUCGUCCAUCUCACUUUAUCCAGAGAACAUUCACUGACAUUGGCAUUAAGUACUAUAGAGAUGAAUUUAAAAUGAAAGUGCCGAUUGUUAUGUUAAACUCCAUUUCUGACCUUCAUGAUUACAUUGACAAAAGCCAAUUGACAGCGGACUUAGGGGGAACUUUGGAAUAUCACCACAGUCAGUGGAUAAAUCAUCGAACCGCCAUUGAAAACUUUGCUCUGGCAUUGAAGACCACUGCCCAGAUGCUUCAGACUUUUGGGGCCUGCCUGGCUACAACAGAGCUGCCCAGAAGCAUCCCUUCCACUGAAGACCUUCUCAUGUCCCACAUGGGGCAGCGGAACAAGUUGCAGGAUGAGCUGAAAUUACUUGGAAAGCAAAGGACCACAUUGCUGUCAUGCAUGCAAGAAUCAGCAACCAAAAGUCCCACCAGCAAACUCAGUCUCAAUGAAGUUGAGAAUGUCACUACCAUGGAAAGGUUAUUAGUUCAGUUGGAUGAAACAGAAAAAGCCUUUAGUCAGUUCUGGUCUGAGCAUCACCUGAAGCUUAAUCAAUACCUACAACUACAGCACUUUGAACACAGUUUUUGUGAGGUUAAGCUAGCCCUGGACAACUUGUUGGCAGAGCAAGCAGAGUUUUCAGACUUCGGAGACAGUGUGAUGCAUGUGGAACAGCUUCUUAAGGAACACAAAAAACUGGAAGGAGAAGGCCAGGAGUCCUUGGAAAAGGCCCAGCUGCUUGCAGUAAUUGGGGACCAGCUUAUCCAAAGCCACCAUUAUGCAGUGGACUCCAUCAGACCCAGGUGUGCAGAGCUCAGGCACCUUUGUGAUGACUUCAUCAAUGAAAACAAAAAGAAACAUGACAUUUUAGAAAAGUCCUUGGAGUUGCAUAGAAGGUUGGACAAGGUCAGCCAGUGGUGUGAAGCAGGAGUCUACCUCUUGGCUUCCCAAGCUGUAGACAAAUGCCAGUCCCGAGAGGGUGUUGACAUUGCCUUGAAUGACAUUGAGACAUUCCUGGGCACAGCAAAGGAGUACCAGUUGCUCAGCUCCAAGGACUUUUACAACCAGUAUGAGUUGAUGCUCACUCUUGAUAUAAAGGCUAAAGCCCAGAAAGUCUUGCAGAAGCUGAGCGACGUGCAGGAAAUAUUUCACAAGAGACAAAUGAGUCUGAUGAAACUGGCAGCCAGACAGACUCGCCCAGUGCAACCCGUGGCCCCUCAUCCUGAGUCCUCCCCAAAAUGGGUGUCACCAAAAAUCAGCCAGCCCUCCACCUUGGUUCCUCAACAGAAAACAUCUGAGGAACCUUAUGCAGAGACAGAUUUAAACUCAGAGGAAAAGGAAGAUGAUGAGACUAAAUCUGAAGUCAAGAAUGAAGAAAUACUUGAAAGCAGUUAUGAUGUGGACAACCCUGAGCCAGAGCAACCUGACAGUUCCAAAAAUCUUUCUCCCAGCAGGCAUAUUAUACGUGACUUGCUUGAGACUGAAGAGACUUACAUAAAAGAGAUUAAGGACAUAAUUGAUGGAUAUAUCAUUCCAAUGGAUUUUAUUUGGCUGAAGCAUCUAAUUCCAGAUGUUCUGCGGAAUAACAAGGAGUUUCUCUUUGGGAACAUUAGAGAACUUUACGAAUUUCACAACAGGACUUUUCUAAAAGAAUUGGAAAAAUGCACUGAAAGCCCUGAACUUCUGGCACAUUGCUUUCUCAAGAGAAAAGAAGAUCUUCAAAUAUAUUUUAAAUACCAUAAGAACCUGCCCCGAGCCAGGGCAAUCUGGCAAGAAUGUCAAGACUGCACCUACUUUGGGGUAUGCCAGCGUCAACUGGGUCACAGUCUCCCUCUUUUUAAGUGUCUGAGAGAACCAAGUCAGAGACUUAUAAAGUACCAGAUGCUGUUGAAGGGGCUGCUGGAUUUUGAGUCGCCUGAGGAUUUGGAGAUGGACCCAAGUCAUCUAGAAGGAGGUUCGGCUAAGAACGGGCCAAAGAGGACCAAGGACUCAGCCUUCUUAGCCGACCUACAACAGGCUUUGGCCAUGAUGGAGGAUUUGAUCAAGUCCUGUGAGUUGGCCAUGGACCUGGCAGCGGUCACUGGAUGUCCGGAUGAUAUUGGAAAAUUUGGCAAGUUGUUGAUGCAUGGUUCUUUCAACGUUUGGACAGUUCACAAAGAUCGUUAUAAGAUGAAGGAUUUAAUUCGAUUCAAGCCCAGCCAGAGGCAAAUCUAUCUAUUUGAACGGGGAAUAGUGUUCUGUAAGAUACAGAUGGAGCCCAGUGACCAGGGCCUGUCCCCUCACUACAGCUUUAAGAAGUCUAUGAAGUUGAUGACACUUUCAAUUCGCCAACUUGGAAGGGGGAGCAACAGAAAGUUUGAAAUUGCCAACCAAAAUGGACUUGAAAAAUACAUCCUACAGGCAGCUUCAAAAGAAAUCAGAGAUUGUUGGUUUUCAGAAAUAAGUAAAUUAUUGAUGAAACAACAAAACAAUAUUAAAGAUGUUUAUGAAGAUGAAGACAAUGGCAGACAAAUAUCCCCAAAACGUUGCUCAAGCAGGGAGUUUGUCUCCAUGGAAACCUCUGUCAAUUGUGAAGGUGCAGAAGAUUUGGAAAAGGAGAACAGUGUCCUGAGUCUCUCGGGACUUUUCCAGUUGGACAACAGUUAUGAGACCUCCAAGUCUGGUCAGGAGAAAGGAGAAAGCAUCCGGGGACAGAAAGAGGGCUGCCAAAAGGAGGACACGGCCACGAACAAAACUGAGAGCCUUGGGAUGUCUACUGGCUUGCUCGCCCCUGCGGGGAAGGCCGGUUUCCCCCAAGCAGAGGCAGUGAGGGCGCGAGAAGGGAGCCUGAGGCCGCCCUCCGCAGAGAACUGA